AGCAAACGGAAUAGCUGGGUCAUAACCGUAAGAAAGAGAUUAUAGCAUAUUCGUAAUUCAAUCUGAAACUUUUGCUAAAAGUCACUCUAUUUCAUUUUGGUAUUACAUACUACUUAUAUCUGUCAAAAUAAGUAGCACACAUCACGCGUUUAUCCGUUUUUUAAUGGUUGAACUAAUCAAGUGUGAUUUAAAUGGAUUGAUGUAAACCUCAGAUCACCAUAAAAUUCAUCACAUUUUAUGCUGUUUGUACUUUUGUUCCUUUACACUAUUGUAGAUGGAAUUUCAUCAGCUUUCGCUUCGUCAUCAUUCUCAUCUAUUUUAUCAUUGUCAUCGUUUAGAUCUGUAUUAUCAAAUAAUAAUGAUAAUUUAAUAUUAGUUACUGGAUCAGCAUGUCCAUCAAAUCCUGGAAUUGUAUGUAGUCAUGAUUAUAUAUUAGUGGAUGAUCGUAUAUCUAAUGUUUAUGACGGUACAAUAUACCAAUAAUUCGUUUUUGUUUAAUCAAUAAUUCCACAUUGAAAACAUUCGCCACAAUGACAAAAACAAAAUUACCAGAAGUAGAAAUGAUCAAUUCAUCAUUAUCUUCUCCUUCUUCUUCGAUCUCCUCUGGAUCCUUUUCAUUGAAUUCAAUAGAUUAUAAUAAAUUAUAUGCACCAGAUGAAUCAUAUUUAGUUGGGCAAAUUUAUGAUCUAAUCAGUAAUGUAUACGGUUUACAGUUUACAUCGAAUUGAAAUUUAUUAGAUCCAUAUAUUAUUCAUGGAAAAGGCAUAGUGUUAGAAUAUAUUGCUGAUGAACGUGCCACAUUUGUUGCAUAAAUCACUAAACAUUUACAAGAAAUGGGAAAAAACACAAAAUUAUCCUGAAUUAGUAACCAAUUGGAUAUGAACAAUAGCAGUGAUAUGAUGUUGAAGACUUCGACAACUAUCGAGCAAUCAGAAUUAAACACUACACACAUUCAUCAUUGUAUUUGAAAGCCGCCAAUCAUAAUGAUCAAGUUCCGCAUCUUUCAUCAGGUAAUUAAAACAAACCAGAGGGACACAGUUAAUUCCAUUCAAUUUUCAAUAUGUACAUGUAUGUUUAUCAAGUACUCAUGCAGUAUAGCCACUGAACUAAUAACUAAUCAUAAUUAUUAUACUGAUCGGUCUAUAAACUAAAUGGUGUAUAUUGUGAUAAUUUUGUAUAGAAAGGACUAUUUUAACACCGACUAGCGUAACCAUUUCAUAAUUAUCUGGAAAAGUUGAUAAAGUUCUGUCUAUAUGAUGCAUCUUUUUAUCGUGUAAUAAAUGUGUAGUGAACAAGAACACCAAUGGGGAUAACUAAAUUUAUUUGAGUAUAACAUUACAGAAUCUCUUAGUAAAAUCUGAGAAUCAUACAGUAAAUACUUCAUUUGCAACGUGUCAAUUAAUCAUUUCAAACUUGAUUGUUAAUUCGUUUCUACACUAAUUAUUCUCUGUUUUCAUUCUCUUCGAUCUUCUUAACCUUCUACCACCAGGCAUUUCACUUUCGAUUGAUGAUACAUACUACUUAUAUCAGUCGACAUCAGAACACACCACAAACAUAUUAAAUAUAUAAGUCCUAAAAUAA